CUAAAAAUGGCAAAGCUUGUGGAUUUUGCGGAGGUGAAGCUUAGUGAGGAAUUGCUUGGUGCGGUUCGCAAAGUAACCUUUCAGUAUCAGGAAAGCGCAGUUAAGAUUUUUGAUAUUCUAAAAGAAACCAUUAGAAAAAAGUGCAGAGGGAAAUCACAUUUGUCGGAGAUCGACCCCGAAAACGUUAUUAGGGUGUUCAGCAGGACUAGGGAUGGAAAAAAAAAAUACUUGUUAAUGGAGUAUCUAAAGAUCCACGAGUUCCUGUACGGCAAAAACAAGUGGGAGUACACCGUGGAGCAAGGUCGGCUGUUACUUUCACGGUCUGGUACAUUUUCGCUGAUUUAGGCCUUAGCAUACUUGCAUUCGAUGAAGCGGCCGAUUGUUCACCGCGAUAAUAAGCCGCAAAAUAUACUCUUGCAUAAUCAGCGCGAAGACCUAAUGCUUUGUGACUUUGGCCUGUCAACGGAAAUGUCCAAUAAUAAGUCCGAUUUGCGUGGAACAUUGAGGUAUAUGGCUCCAGACUUUGGAAUAGUGCUGUGGAAACUAAUGACCCGUGAAUUGCCCUAUAGUCACUUGGAAAACCCCAAUAACCAGUUCGAAAUUAUGAAAGCUUCGAAUGAAUCCGGCACUGACGAGGACUUUAUCCAGCCAUUGGAUGAGGACACCAUAGCUGUUGCGACCUACCACGUGGAUGCGUCCGGCAGCAGGAUAAUGCGUGUGGAUUUCUGGCGACGUCAGUUGCGCCCGAUCUGCAUGCCUUUCCCGAUAGUGAAGCGGGAAGCCGUGAGAUUGCGAAAGGCCGUGGACGAGCAGCCGAGUAUACGGGCAGAUGGAGAGCGGGAAGUUCGGCGGGCUGAGAAGGACACGGAGCGGGAAACCUCGAGGGCUGCCCACGAUGGAGAGCGGGAGACGCGGAGAGCGGCUCAGGAUGUGGGUCGCGCAACUGUACGGGCGGCCGAGAAAAUAGGAAAGAAACUGCGCUUCUAACCAGAAAUAUGAUUAUUAAUUCGUUAUGCUAAUGUGCGGGGAAUGAUUAAUAAAGCCGACUGCAUGCAGAGAG